GAAGUCACCGUAAAAAUGGGCGGAACUUUCGAGCUGUGUCGAGCCCAACACAGACAAAUCAAAUCAAAUCCGCCAGGAACGCUGAAUGCUAUGGACCUUUACCAAACUUUCCAGCGGAUAAAACCGAUUUAUUUGGAAACACUGCAGAUUUACCAUGUUGUUUCAGCCGCGUUUCUUCUGUAUAUUUUAUCCAUAGUUGUUCAGUUAAUUCUUAAAAGGAGGAGAGGACAGCGCAUACUGGAGCAUUUUCCAGGACCACCUGCACACUGGCUCUUAGGACACGUUAAAGAGUUUCACCAGGAUGGAAGGGAUUUGGAGAAGAUCGUCCAGUGGGGCAAACAGUACCCCAUUGCUUUUCAGCUGUGGUUUGGUCCCUCUGUCUCUUUUUUGAACAUUCAUCACCCAUCGUAUGCAAAGACUAUUCUCUCUUCAACAGAACCCAAAGAUGAUGUUGCCUAUACAUUUCUUAUCCCUUGGAUCGGUGAGGGUUUACUUGUGUCUUCUGAACAGAAAUGGUUUCGGCAUAGAAGACUCCUCACACCUGGUUUCCAUUAUGAUGUUUUGAAGCCUUAUGUGAAACUUAUUGCUGAUUCCACCAAAAUUAUGCUUGAUAAGUGGGAAGUUCAUGCUAAAACAGAAGAGUCAUUCGAACUGUUUCAGCAUGUCAGUCUUAUGACGCUGGACAGCAUCAUGAAAUGUGCAUUUAGCUAUAACAGUAACUGUCAGACCGAGAGUGGAACCAACCCGUACAUACAGGCAGUCUAUGAUCUCUGUCACCUGGUGAACGUCAGGUUCCGAACCUUUCCAUAUCACAUCAAGCCUAUAUUUCAUCUUAGUCCACACGGAUACAAAUUCAGGAAGGCUUGCAAUACGGCACACAGACACACAGAGGAAGUUAUCAGGAAGAGGAAGGAAGUCUUGAAGAUUGAGAGGGAACAGGGCAUCGUGAAAAACAAACGAUAUAUGGACUUUCUGGAUAUUCUUCUCUCUGCCCGAGAUGAGCAUCAGCAGGGUUUAUCAGACGAGGACAUCAGGGCUGAGGUGGACACAUUCAUGUUUGAAGGCCAUGACACCACAGCCAGCGGCAUAUCUUGGAUCUUGUACAGCUUGGCUUGUAACCCUGAGCACCAGCAGAAAUGCAGGGAGGAGAUCCUGCAGGUCCUGAAGGGAAAAGACACCAUGGAGUGGGAGGACCUCAGUAAAAUUCCAUAUACCACAAUGUGUAUUAAAGAAUCCCUGCGGUUUUACCCUCCAGUGCCAGGAGUGUCACGAAAGUUAACUAAAUCCAUGACUUUCUUUGAUGGUCGGACUGUGCCUGAAGGUUGUCUCGUUGGAGUCAGUGUUUAUGGGAUUCACAUGAAUGACACGGUUUGGGAGAAACCACAUGUGUAUGACCCAUUGAGAUUUCUGCCUGAGAACUCUGCUAAGAGGUCACCCCAUGCCUUUGUGCCUUUCUCUGCUGGACCAAGAAACUGCAUUGGACAGAACUUUGCCAUGAAUGAAAUGAAAAUAGCAGUGGCUCUAACACUGAAGAGAUAUCACCUCAUAAAAGACCCAAAUCACAGCCCAAAGAUGAUCCCUCAGUUAGUGCUUAAAUCAAUCAAUGGGAUUUACCUGAAGAUCAAACCUGUAGAAACAGAGUCAUAGAAAACUAACACUGCUAUAAAUAUACACCUUUAAAACAGUAGAUUUUUAAUUUUACAAACUAAACUCAAUCACCACACAAUGUGUUUUUAUUUUUAUGUUAAAAUUCUGACUGUUCAGACAUUCCUCUAAUGAAUUAUGCCGACUGAUUGGAUCGGUUUUCUUUAAAUGUGCAUAAUUUUAUCCCCCAAGAUACAUAAAAAAUGUGUGUGUGUGCGUACGUUUUUAAAAGUUAAUUUUAUUUCAAUUCAAAACGAAAUUCUCACAGCAAUAUUUCAGCACAUGCAGUGCUAAACUAAAUUGUGGAUGGUUAGUGAAUAAGACACAGAUGUUAGAUUUAGGCUAUAUGAUGCACUGAAAAAAACGAUUCAUUGAAU